AACAGUGGCUGUAGUGCCAGCCUCCGGCUGCUCUCUGCUUACUCGCUCACAGGCGGCUGUCACUGUGGCUGUUUGUCGACCGCCUGGUAACGGAGCGUUUGCUACCAUGAGUAUUUUGUGUCGCCUGGUUCAGAAAGGACUGCUGAGUGGCCGGCCGCUGUGCCGUUUAUUACCCGGACAUCAGGAUGUGUGCGGGGUUGCUCUCGCGGUCCGGUCAGCCAGCUCAACCAGCCCUGUCAACUUGACCUACGACGUCUUCGACGGGAAGGGAGAGAGCACUCCCCUGGUGUUUCUGCACGGCCUUUUUGGCAGUAAAUCUAACUUCCACUCAAUAGCGAAGUCCUUGGUGCAGCGCACAGGCAGAAAGGUGCUGACAGUAGAUGCCCGUAACCAUGGCAACAGCCCUCAUAACCCCGUGCUGACCUACGAGGCGAUGGCGAACGAUUUGAAACACCUCCUCGUCCAGCUGCAUAUCGACAGGUGCAUCCUGAUCGGCCACAGCAUGGGUGGGAAAACGGCCAUGACGACUGCUCUGACACAGCCUGGUUUAGUGGAGAGGUUGGUGGUUGUGGACAUCAGUCCUGCUCAGAGCGCCACACGGACCAAUUUCCGCUAUUACAUCCAAGCGAUGCAGGAGAUGAAGAUCUCCACAGACAUCCCUCGUUCCACCGCCAGGCGGAUGGCUGAGGAUCAGCUGCGCAGUUUAGUCAAGGAGCAUUCAGUGCGUCAGUUCCUCCUCACUAACCUGGUGGAGCAGAAUGGACACUACGCCUGGAGGGUCAAUUUGGAGGCCAUCUCAGCGCACCUCGACGAUAUCAUUAGUUUCCCCAGCUUUGACACUGUCUAUGAAGGACCUACUCUGUUUUUGGGCGGAGCCAGCUCUGCUUAUAUCAGCUCCGAUGAUUACCCAGAAAUCCAAAGGCUGUUCCCCAACGCGGAUAUCCAGUACAUCCCAGAUGCCAGCCACUGGAUUCACGCAGACAAACCCUUAGAUUUCAUCAGCUCCAUCAUCUCCUUCCUCCAGUCCUAGCUGCCUCCAGCGUACGCCACAGAACUUUUUUUACGCUCCACACCGCGAGCAUCCGCUCGUCGAAAACCGAAGGUGAGAAUUCAGCAGCUUCAGCGGGAGCAAGUGUAAUUAUUAACGAUGCUUGUAUUUGCCAACACUGGACCAAACUCACCCUUUUACAACAGUCAGCUCUUACCUUUUAACAAUAUAGCACUUAGUGUAUUGUAGUGUAGGUGAACUUUUAUUUUGUUUAGCCUCUGCCAGACAGGUAGUAUUAUUAGAUCGGCUAGUUUCUAGAUGUGUUUUUGUUGAUUUUUGGACACUAGUUUAACAUACCGGGUCAGUUUUUAGAGGAGAUAUACUAAUCCAAAGAACCUCUCAUUUGCACAGUGUUUCGCUUGGUUCCAGUAGAAAAGCGGCUUUAGGCCGAGGACAAUCCGGGACCGCUGAAGUGUAGAUAUGAAAGUUUGUGACAGCACUGCAAUGGAACAAAUACUGUAAAUCGUAGAAGUGAAGAAUGUGUAAAGCAAAAAAAAUGUAUCAGGAAGUUCGAGCUCUGCGCAGAGGAUGUAGUACAGACUCAGUUGGUUUGUCAUAGGAGUUUAUUUUAGUGUUGAUAAUAGUGGCAUAUUCGGCGUUUUGGUGCAGAUCACGUCUCCUCCUUUGUGUGUCUGCUGCGUGCCGGAGACGAGGAUUUACAGGUCGGUUACGCUUCUUCAAACUCAAGGUCACUGAGAGCGCUGGUCAAAUUUUUAGGCCAACUCAUGCAUCUAUGAAAACCAAGCAGAAAUCAUACAUGCAGUAUUAUCACUGUUUCCUGAAUGUCUCAGGUUACAUCUGGAUUAUACUAGAUCUGUACUACUUAAUACACACUUAUGCUAUUGUUUUGUCUGUCUGGCUAUAAGCCUUGGUAACGUUGUCGUGUCUUUGUAUGUGGUCAGUCCAAAUAGUGUUUUGAUGAAACGAUGUUUUACCAGUCUGUAUCUCAUUUAUCUUUACAAAUAAGGCGCGUAUGAGUAUCUCACAAAUAUAUGCUGCAGCGAGGUGCCACUGUACCUCGUUAAUGUCAUCGUAAUAGUAGUGAAACUGCCAUCGUAUGAAUAAGCAGGGUGUUGUUGAUUUGUAUAUGUGCCUCUUUUAUCCAGAGCUCCUUUUACAUUUCUGUAAGACUUUAUUAAGAAAAAAAACUUUUAUUCUUCAAUAACAAUCUAGUAGAGAUUAGAUGGCAGCUGGGUUGCCAGUUCUGUGUGAAUUUUUUCACAAGGAAACUUAACAGUUCAAGCACUAGAUGUUUACAACGAUUAGUGUUUUAUGUUCUUUUAAUGUCAUUACACACACGUCUAAAAGGUUCAAAUAGUCCGAAUUAAGUUGAGUGUAACUCUCCUUAUGUUGUUCUCCUUUUUGUUGUAAAGCUCCAGUUGGUGGAGAAUCACCACGUACUCUUCCUUUAAUCCACAGGGCAGAUUUGUCUUGUUGCACAAUAUUGACAGUUGGUUAGCACUUACAUUUGAAUGCAGAUCUUGCGUCAGCUUCUACACUGUUGCAGUGGGACGAGAAUAUGUCAAAGCAAAGCUCUCUGUCAGCAACAGUAUAAUAAAACAGCGUGAAUUUAUUCAGUCACAUUAUGAGUCGUUUGAAGACUGUAAUCAUCUGUUCGGGACUGUAUAUAGUUUCACUCGGAGCAUGCCUUCUCUCUUGUCAUCAGGUGUGACUUUACUGUGCUAUAUACAUCCCUGUUUGUUGGAUAUGUUGCCAUAAUGGUGGCACUCGUUCUAGAUAAUAGCAUAUAUAUGUGUAUACAUUUUAAAUGUGUGCAAGAUGCAUAUAUAAGUGGAAUAUAUAUUGUUGAAAAUAUAUUAUACAAUAAAAUG